CAAACAUUUCACUUUCAUAUUGUACCCAAAAAAAAAUGUUUUUCAUAAAUCUAAAUGAAGGAAGACAAAUGUCUUGUAUAGAGGAAUAUAGUUUUCCAAUGAUUCUUCUUAGAGCCGCACUCCCAUUUUACACACUUUAUAAAUUCUAAAACAAGGACAUUGAAGUUGCCGGCGCUGAUUCUUCCAUUUGGCUGAGUUUUCGCUUCCAACAAAGCCAAAGUCUCCUCUUAUUUGUUCUUAAAAACAAUAUCACACAUCCUCUUCCACUCCAACCAUUUCCAAGGAACAAGUUUCAGAAAAAAUUCCCAAGAAAAAGAGGAAAUUAAACUCCACUAUGAACAAUGGCAGUGGCAGCAAAAACAGAUGGAUGAUGGGUCUGCAUUUAAAGGGUAGAAAGGAAAGAGACAAUGAAGACCUCCAUCUGUUCCGGGACCUGCAUAAGCGCGACAAAGAACGUACCACCUGCUUUCUUCUGCCCGUCGACGAGCUUGAACACAACCAUGGUGGUACUUACCAACUCCAUGAUCUUCACCAUUCAAACCAUUAUCAGUUUUGUGGAAUUCUCCAUUCUACAGAAUUCACUCAAUCAAGAAAGAAUCUGGAUUUGGACACCUUUUUGAAGGCAACAAAAACGACUAUGAUUGGUAUAAAACUCAUCUUCUCUGAUUCGGAGCUUAAAACACCACCUGCAACUCCCUUGUUUCCAUCUUUGGAAAUGGAAGCCACUGCUCCUUCACAUAGGAAUGCUCAGAAAGAGACACCACUUGUCCAGCCUCUCUCACAGCCACAGUCACAGUCUGGGCAGGCUUCAAGCAAUUCAGAAUCAACAAAGAAAAGCAAUGUAAUCGAGAAAUCUCCAACUACAAAACCAAAAAUACCAUCCAGGUCCAUCACUCCCAGUCAUAGACCACGAAUCAAUUCAUCAAUUGAACCCAAAAACACAAAAAGAACCACAACCCCAUCUCCAAACCCAAUCCAGAGAAUCAAUCAGGCAUCAUCAAUAGACCCCACGAUCAAAAGAAACAACAACAUGAAACCUAUAAAUCUUAAGGAAUGUUACACGGAAUAUCUAACAUCAAACCUCUACAAAGGAUCAACAAACACCGCAAAGCCAAAGGCAAAUCCAAAUCCAAGAAGUAGAACGACAUCCCCAAUUGUGAGAUCGACAAUAGCAUCUCAAAUUCCAGAAUUCUCGAACGAAACACCUCCGAAUCUGAGGACCGAUCGAUCCAGCUCGGUGACGAGAGGGCGGCAACCAGGAACCGGGGAGAAAUCAGAGGCGAAUUCGAGAAGGCAAUCGUGCUCGCCGAGCGUGACGAGAGGGCGGAAAGUGGAGGGGAAACAGGAGAAGAACAGAGGCGGAAACUUGAGCAAUGAUCAGAGAAGAAAUGAAUCGACGAACAUUCUUGGAAGUAGAAUGGUGGAGAGAGUGAUGAAUGCGAGAAAAGGAAUUGGAAAUGAGGAGAGAGAUUUGAAGCCGUCCGGACGAAGCGGGAUUGGGGACUUCAGCCAAACGAUUCGUCAAAGAUAAGGAUGGGUAAAGUAAAUAGCUUUUUAUUAUAAAGAGGUUCAACGAGAGAUACAGAGAUCGACAAAAUUGUCUAAAGCAAAUUCAGAUACGAUGAUAACUUUUAGAAGUCAAAUGAUAUAGUGUUGUACUUUAUAUGUAAAAUAUUAUAAUUGUUAUACAUA